AUACCAAGGCUUUCCGGGUAAGAAUUGGUUCAGCGAAAGUUCUUCAGACAUUUCCGGGUUUCACAUCUUUCUUUGCAGCCGUGGUUUUUUUGCAUUAUCAAAAUAAGGGAAAUGUGGAUUCACCUUUUGGAACUUUACGUUGUCAUUUCUCACCUGGUAAGGUUAAUAAGUAUUUUGUCUCUUGACUAGAAAGUGUCAGAACAGGCAAGGGAGAUACGUUGAUCUCACCACAAGUAGGGACGUUUCAGUCGGGUUCAGAUUGUUCUGGAAAUUAUGCUGUUUCACGAAUAUCUCAACUAGAGGUCCCACGAAACCUAAGUACAUAAAAUUAAAGUAGUUAAAAUCAAUUCUGAUAUGAUUCAUUGCAUCAAUAUAGGUAUCUGGGCAACUGUCCACCUACCUCUCCCCUAACCUAACAAUAGUCAAUUGAUAACAAGGUAGGGUUAAUGUUGGGUUAGGGGAGGGGUAGGUGGGCAGUUGCCCAGAUACUGGUAUUGAUCCGAUCCACUUAAAUACAAGGUAUAUAUUGUAAAGGGGGUUAGUUUCUAAAGAAACUGGUGUUGCGUCGGUAGGAGAGUACAACAGAUAGCUCUCUGGCAGUUUUAAGCCUGGCUUAGGAGGGUAAAUUGCGUUAAAAAAUUAAUUGGCCAUAUCUCUGCAAAAAUACAGCCGAUUGCGCCGAAACAAUACUUUCCGUACGAAAGUUUACCUUGAGGCCAUAAUUCUGACCAUGAAGGUCACGUGUUGGGUCACGUGAUCUUCAUCUCUCAAGCAGUUUUUAACGGAGUUAGUAAGAUAUACACAGAAUCGUUACUGACCAAUGAACGAAACAAAUUCUCAGUAAAAAUUGCUAGCCAUCUACAUGUGGACUGAAUCCCCUUCGUUCCUUCAGAAAGAAACUUAAUGGCAUUUAGGUUAAUAACUGUACUUGUCACAUCAUUCCAAACGUGAAGAAAAAGUUUGUCAAUACCUUCUUCUAUUUUUCAAAGGGCAAUUGCGUGAAACGAAAACAUAGGCACCGGCGGCCGCGUUAUAAAUACUUCUCUUUGAGCUACGAAAGAUGCUGUCAUGUUGUUUCUUUUCGAUAAUAAUACAUAUAUCAGACUUGACUAUUACCUUAUACCGCUGUCUACGAAGGCGCAAAUCAAAUAUGGCGGUCAGGGUCAUUCAGAGGGACAAUCACUGCGAAGUAAAGUGAUACUGCCGUAAUAACCGACAAGUUAUUAUUUAAUGUUCUAGUACAGUCUGUUUGCGACUUCUGUAAUUGUAGGGAUACUGGAAUACUUGAAUUAUGGUUAAUGAUUUGAGUUUGUUGUUGUUUUUUUUUGCAAUUUCCACGCGUGCAACGCAUUGCAUGGCUUGUGGCUUCUAGUGGAAUCAAAUAUACGACAGUGGGCUUUAAUGUAAAAAAUCUUAAAUGUUUCUCUUGCCUUGAAUGCGAAUUCAAUGUACCAACGAAUAACAAUGUUAAGCCGCAGAAGGACGGGGAAGGGAGAAAUGACUGCUUGUGAUAGCGCCCUAAUAGUUUCUAAAAUUACUUUCUGCACUUUGGACUUACCAAAUAUAAUUUUUCAAGUACUGAACUGAGUUCUUAUUAGUGCUAGCAGUGAGAAACAGGGUGAAAAACAAGGAAUUUCAAAAUCAAACUCUUCCCUUCAAUCCAUCUCGAUGAAAGAUGACUUGCAUGCACACAUUGCACUAAUUUCCGGGCCCAGUUGCUGGCCUCUGACAAAUUUCGUGAGGUACGCAAAAAUGCAAAAGGAAAGAAAAAUAGGAAUGAGUCAAAAAGACGAAGAAGCAUGAUGUCGUUUGACAGUGGGAUUAACAUGCAGGUUUGCUCAUAUUUAGCCAUGAAUGGGAUGCAAUUUCCCUUGCCAAAAAAUAAGAAAAAAAAUAACAAAAUGUGAUAUUGAAUCAGAAAAGGCAUGCAAAAGCUGGCAACUGGAAGAGGGGUAUUGGCUGUACAUGGAACAGAGUGAGAGUAGACACUGAUGUAUUUGAUAAACAAAAGAGCAAGCCCUAAGUUGUUCUACACACCAGCAAAUUAAAUAUGGUGCCUGAAGAUUUCACUGUCACUUUGUACACUUACAGACACUUAGGGAGUACAUGUGCACCCCUCUCAUACGGUUAAAAGAUCAUUAAAAAAAACGUCUAACUCAGGCUAAUGACCAAAUUGAGUGUCAUUCUUAGUCAGUUAUAUAACUUGUAGUUACUGAUCAGAUGGCAAGCUUAAACAAGAAAAAAAUAAGUCUUUUCAUUGCAGAAAAUUCAGAAAGUUGAAAGUUAAACCACCUCAAAACAUUCACCAGCUCCUAUUGCCAUCUCUUGAUAAUUAGAUGACACCUAUGUAGCCAGUCCAGUCACAUGUAAGCAUUUCCUUGAUGGUCUGUUAGUUAAUAUUUAAUACAGGAUUUAUAUCUUCCUACUUAUUCUGAUUCUUUGCAACACUUCACCAGAUUCCAGUGUUAUUGGAUGUCAACAGAAUUUGCUGUAAACAAAAUUAUAUUAAACAAUAUUGUUAAGUAUGAUUGAAAAUGUUGUUUGUUUGUCAUGGGCAUAUCACUAGCCUUUGAAAUGAAAACGUAAGUCGAUGUUAUCAAAGGUUUAAGCCGAGCACUCAUUUUGAUCGAUUCCGCAGCCAAAAUCUAUUUUUCGCCUUACAUGUAAGAACACAUCUGUUAACGUAUAGCUCUCAUUUUCCCUCAUUAAUUCGAAACUUAUAUAUAUUGUAGCUUAGUUAAUAACCUAUCUCCGUUGAAGCUGGCAGGACUCACAGCACUCUCAUUUUAAUUUGCUUAGAAAAGUAUUGUACUGCGGAUCACUAAUAAAUUUAUAACUUGGGAUUGAACGUACCACGGUAUUUAAAUUUGAAAAACAAACAAAUCUGUUCUAAGCUAUGGGAAAGGUUCCUCACCGGGGUUUAUCAAUUUAUCAAUCAAAAUGCAUUUCCCUCGAAUUAAACACUCUUAAUUUGGAUGUACGUACGCGUCAGUGUAUUAUUAGCUACAGCAAAUUAGAGCUAAUUUCUCGAAAACAGCACAAAACCAACACUCACUUCAGCUGUAGACCUGACAUCUGCGAGAAAAGAUCGUCUUCUGAAAUAUUUAGGCUAGAAAUUGAUCUUAACUUCAUCGGAAACGUAACCGUUCUAAUGGAAAAACGGCCGCCAUGCCACUAACCUUGAAACUCUGCUGAGGGUAUCGAAACAAGAUAGGACUCAGGUCUUAAAAAACUACUUGUGAGGGUAAUUCAGUCGUAUCAACUGAGUCAUCAGCUUCUAAACUCUUUGCGUGGCAUAUAUUGUAACCUGUUUUAAAUUCUAGGAAAUUCAUUUUUGUCAACAGACAAAAAGAGAAGAUUUGUGCAAGCUUUAAUGUAUGUUCAUAUUCUCAUUGUCAGGUCAGCAAAUUGCAUUCUCUUCAGGUGUGCCGAUACAAUCAACAAGCAGUAGAGACCCCAGAUGGUAGUUUCGCAUGUGUGAAUUGCUUGAAAUGCCCCCCGGGAUCGGGUGUAACGAUCCCAUGCGGUAACAAGAUAUCCCACGGUGCCUCUGCCAAAUGCCAGACUUGUGCCCCAGGUUAUUAUUCUGAAUUCUACUCAUCUGAGAGCUGUAAGCCCUGUUCAACUUGUGGCCCUAAUGAAAUCAUGGUAACAAGAUGUAGUAAAACCUCAAACACGCGAUGUAAAUGCAAGCCAUGCCCAGAAGGGUAUUACCAAGACCAAACCUUGUCCAAAUGCCUUCCUUGUUCAGGAUGUUGCUCAGGAGAUUUGGAUAUGGUGGUUCCAUCGUGUCUCAAGCAAGGAAUGCCUCGCACCCAAGCAUGUAGCUAUCGCAGGAAAAAACCCUGUUUGGCGAAGUGCUGGUAUGAUGAGAUUACAGUUGUUAGGAAUGAUGGCGAACAGAUCUGUUUACCCUGUCCUGCUUGUUCAGAAGAAUUCGGUCUGACCAAACCAUGUGGAAGUUUCGUGACUGAUGGUGCAAUACCCAAGUGUGAACGUCCAAUGGUAGGGAAAACAUUUGUUAAUCAACAUGGUACUUUAGAGUCAUGUAAAAUCUGUGCUAUUGGCCAAAACAUUGUCGCCAAUUGCUCAACCAAAUCGGAUACCAUAUGUGGUGGGUGCGAACCAGGAUUUUAUUUGAAUGACCAGUCAAAUACUUGUGAAGAAUGCUUCUGGUGUUGUAACCAUAACGAUAGAAAGAGUUUUAUGGACUGUAUCAAAGAGGUAAUGAUGUUGAAAGAGCCUUUUAGUGGGCUUGGACUUCAUCUGCUUUUUUCGUUCAUUGCUCUGAACGGUCAAUCUGGUCAGUUGCAAACUGCAAAACAAGAAAGCUCUCUGGUGGAAUAUGUCAAACUUGAUGCUUUCACAGCCGCUUUAAUAGGUCUGUGUGUUGCCCUGAUUGUGUAUCACAUCUCUAAAAGACAAGGGCAAACUUUGAAAGGUAAAGGUCAAUGCCCAUUCUUAAAUAAUCUUGAAACAGGACACAGUUUAUCAUUGGAAAAGAAAGACCCUUCUGAAAGUACAGAAACCACUCAAUCCACACCCUCAGGCGAGUUAAAUAACUAAUUAUUUUCCCUUUGUAUAUAUUGUUAUAUAUCUCAAGUACUUGCGAUCAGCACUCGUAUCUCAAAAUUAUUGUUACAAGCGUUUAUGAUAGUGGCUAGGUUACCUUUAGUAGCUAAUUUUUUGUUUUGUAUCUUAUUAACUUAUUUGCUAUUGUUUUAAGCAGAGCACCUCAUACGUGUAUGAAGUCUGGUGAUCACAUGUGCAUAUAAAAAAGCUACCCUCAAGUUGCACAUGUGCAGAUUUUGAUAAUCAAUUAUUAUUUAUCAUUAUUUUUGGAUCUAUUUCUUAGGUAUUGAGAAAGUGGAGUGGGAGCAUCCAAACCGAUAUGGCCCAGGUCAUGUGGUGUUUGAAAAGACAGGGGUAGAGGCUGUUAUCCUUGAGAGUAUUAAGUCUAACCUUCAACAAGUGCCAAGCGAUUUGGUGUUACAUGCCACAUCAGAUAAGCUGAAUUUACCAGGAUUACUUAAGGAUGGUGAAUUUCCACUAAGUCCAGCAUUUUAUCUUGUCACAAGGAACAAGUUAACAGGACCCCUUGAGCUUCAGAUACCUCAUGGUGCAAACAUGGUGCUAUCUUCUAAUAAGUGGAAAAUCAUUUUGAAGGAGUUGAAAAAUGAUGUAUGGGUUGUUGUAAGCUAUGUGAAGGGUAGUGGAAUAAAAGAAUUCUUCCCCAAAAGCAACCAUGUCAGUUUUGAGACAGAUCAUUUUGCAACAUUUGCAGUGAUUGGACACUGUGAAGAACAGUCCUUACCAGUACUCAAAAGAAUGAAGGUCAUGGCAUUUUGUAGUGACACCAGAGUUGGAGAAGACCUGGUUAUGAGGCUGUAUUGCUUUGAUGAUUGUGAGUGGUCAUUUGAGGUAAGCUCUUGGGAAUAACUAAUAUAGUCUAAAGAUCCUCAUCUAAUAUUAAGCAAUAAAUAGACAAUGAUUCAAUUUAUUCUAUUUCAAUUUACAAAAAGAUCUCUUUGGGUCAUAAAAUUUCCUUCUAUUAAGAGUAAAAAUCCUGAAUUAAUCAGAGGCUAGGUAUUUUAAUCUAUGUGACAUGUUACCAAGUUCUCAGAAGCUUUUUGCACAUAACUGAUGUCUUAGUUAGAAUUUAUCAUGUAACUGCAGUUAUUUAUAAUUUUGAUGUUAAAUUUGUACUGGUCUAGUUCAUCAAACAUCCUACCUCCAGUCAUGGUUAGUUAUUUUAUAACAGUGUGAUCUGUUUCUGUAUUAAUAAAUUUGAUAAAACUUGUUUGACUUGACUCCACAGAAUCUUUUGAGGGAGGAGAAAAAGAAAGGAGGACAGUUUAUGUCAUCAGUGGAAUCUCUCGAUUUUUCUCUAAGUCACAGAGAAGAUGUUGAAAUUGUUGUAAAGGAUGUUGAUGGCUGGAAGCUAAAGAAUGCUUGCCCGAUGGUAUUUUGCAGACUCUGUUUGAGUGCUACGCAACAACAGUGCAAUUUUUUUAGAAAAGAGGAAAAAUUUAAAGGAUGAUUCAAAGAUCUUAAUUUUUUGCACUUAGUAAUUGAAUUUUCUCAGAUCCCUGAAAGUGUUGGUAUCUCUGGGUGAUUUUGAAAAUAUUCUUAUUUUUAUUCCUUUAUCUAGAAAAUGAGCUAUGCAUCAGUGAGGAACUCUUUCAGUACAACUCCCAGAUGCAAUCUGGUAUUUAGCCCUGCAUCCAGUGAAAAGAAAAACGGCUUUUUUUCCACCAUUGUUUUGACUCAGGCAUCCUCUCAAACUGUAGUGUAUGCAAUCACUGCUAUUAAGAAGGUAGGUGACUGUACAUUUUAGGUGGUACAUUUCGUGGCUCAAAAUGAUUAUCAAUUUCAAGAUGUGAAUUUGCAGGUGACUCAGUGGUCUCAUUUUAAUAUAUUUAAAUUUGGAUCUGGUCAUUUUUUUAAAAGUUUUUUCCUUGCCAGGGUCAUAUUUGGUGUUUAGCACCAGAAACUAAUAAUUUAAACUUAAAGGUAUAGAUGCGUUGAUUAAAAUUGUCAAAGUAAAUCCACAACACCAAAGAGAGUUCACCAGCAGAGUAAUAUUAGUAUCAGCGGGCUUUCCUGAUCUUUUGGAUCAAGAGAUAUAUCAACUUAGAAUAAAGCUUUAAAUAUUUGUUUAUUUUGUAGGAUCCAAUCCGUUAUGAAAACCAGAGCAUGUUUCCAAAUGCUGUGAAUGGUGACUUCUUUGUACUUACUGAGGGGUAAAAUAGAUGAAAGUCAGUUAUGCUUUAUGUAAUGUUUUAAAAACGAGCAGCAGUGUUUUAUUGGGUUUAAAAACACAAGGCAGAGCCUAAUGGUUUUAGAGCUGAUAAAAUACAUGCUGCGAGUUUUUUUAACAGCUUCAAAACCCAUGCCUCUCUAGAGAUUUAGAUAAAGGUGACGUGAUGUAUUAAAGGUUAAUUACAUUUAGAAAGGGAAAGUGCCCCAUGUUCAGCUGCUGUUAAAAGUUCAGAUAGUUUUUAUUUGAAAUGCCACCCAAAACCAAAAAGUGCUGAGGAAGGGAGGGAGUUCUUGGAUAGUUCUAUUCCAAAAUCUACACAGUAUGCCACAAAGUGGCUUAAGAAAAUAUUUGGCAAGUGGCAAAGUUCAAGAAGAAAUAAGGACGCCAACUUUGAGGAAAGAAGAUUCAAAGUCGAAGUGGAUAAUGUUCACAGCUUUAUAUAAAGAUAGUUUCAAUUCAGAAUAAGCAAUAAUUGGAAUUGCCUGCACAUUCAGCCCCGCACUCCCCUGGGACUGAAAUGAAAGCCACCACCAGACUUUUCAGAAUGAUCAUAGAUUACCAGGUAUAAAGGGUCAUACACGAGAUGUUUUAGUAAUGUUUUGAUAGGCUGUUGGCCUCAUGAGUUUUAAUAAAAGUAUCAAUAAUUAGCUUAUACGGAAACUAAAACAGUAGAUAGUGUUAAAGGGGCAUGCUGAUUGAUGACUCAAAGUGCACAAAUCCAUCGUUAUUCACCUCUGAGCAAUAUGCUCAGGAUUUGUCCCUGAAAAUAUCGUAAUUGUUGCAGGAAUAAAUAAGUUAAAACAAUUUAUUGUUAUAUGUUCACAGUGUUUUAGUAUACACUAAAACAACUAUUCAUCUCAGUCAGUGGCUUGCAGUGGAUACAUGUAUUUGCAUUAUUGUUUUGUGGCUCAGUAAAUAUCUACCACUAACCACCUCCACUUUGGUAAAUAGUUGUUGAAUAUUCUUUUUGAAUCGAAAACUACUUAGAGUGCAGAGAGUUAUGUGCCUGAGGAGAAUUAAUGUUUCCCUCCAAGUAAUCCACUAAAGAGUAAAAAUUAUUUUCAGAGGAUUUGUUCCAUAGAGAAAAGAUAACAAUAUCAGUUUAACUGAUGCAGAAAGUCUUUGUUUGUUGGCCAUGUUGCUACUUUCUUCCUUCUUUCAGAAGGAAAUCAAGUCACAAAUAUGGCAGAUAUCACUGUUACAAACAGUAGAAAGGGAAAAGAGCAAGACUUCACUGACUGUAUUGUUCAGUUAAAAAGCUUCAUAUUAAACCUGAUGGUCUUCAGAAAUUAUGGGUUUCAAAACUUGAACUUUAGCCAUCAUGAACUAGAUGUAUUACACUGAGUGUAUGUCAUAUUGUCUCUAUUUGACUGUGCAACUAAUGCAAACUAAGAACUUAGAUGAAAGAGUGUUUUUGAAAAGUGAACAUGAUUAGUUUUUACACAGAAAAUUGAGUGUGAGACUCUUAGACUUUUAGAUCUGAAACUCAACUCCUACUAAGUAUAUUUAGUUAAUAUUCUUACAUCAUAAGUAGUAGUUUGCCAUCAAAAGUGUAAAGGGUAUGGCCUAUUAGGUUCUGAACAUAGGAUAUUGUACGUUAUCUAUCUAAAGCUAAUGAUUGUACAGAUUAAGUGGGAGUGAUCACUUGUAUGAGUAAUGUUUGAUAACCACAAAAGCCAGUGUGAUAAAGUAUUGUGCUAAGUGGUGAAACGAACAAUGAAGAGAGCAUUCAUUCACACUAUAAAGUAAUUUUGGGUUGUUAUGUUUAUUCUGAUCCAUUCUCAAGAACGGAGUUCUUGUUUGGC